AUGAAGUUGAGAUAUACUCUACUAACAGGAAUUCAUAGUUCAACUAUUAAUGUUCCAACGUCUAACAUUUGUCCUGUUACCGGUACUUCUUGUUGUGAUAUUAAUAUGGAACAUGAAAUGUACACAGUUGGCCAGCGUCAGUUAAUAAAAAAAUGUAAUUCAUGGCUACAAAUCGCUCGAAAGAUGAGCAAUGAUAGCAUCGCACUAGAAUCAAUUUUUCAAAUGGAUUUACAAGAAGCUAAAGGACGAUUACAUCAAUUUUUCAGUCGAAUUUAUGGCUACAAUUAUAAACUGCACAGAAACUUUUUCUUUGGAUUUUUCACUGAUUUGGAGAAGUAUAUGGCCGGUCAAAGAGGUCAAUUGGGUUCGUUAAUUAAAAACUUCUUCAGUCAGCUUCGUGACAGUAUAGUUAGUUUAAUUGAGAGGUCUGGACAAGUUAGUUCUAACCCACCAUUCGGUAACCCCAGUUCAACAUCAUCUAGUGCUGGUUCGCUUGGUAACAAUGCUCCUGGUGUUGGAGGAAUUGAUGAAGCUGGUGAAUCUCGUCGUAUUCGUUGUUUAUCUGAUAAGGUUGCACAAUUACAACCAUUUGACGAUGUAGAUGUUCGUUUACAUGCUCGUAUGCUGGAAGCUUACCCACCUGCUCGUAUGUUGGUCAAUGUUUUAUCCGUCACCAGCAAAUUAUUACAUCAUUUUGUUGAUCAGGUUGUUACUCAAUCUCAGUGUGUCUUGGGUAUUACACGAUAUCGCUUCUGUGCUCUAUGCAAUGCGCAGUCACUAUCCAAUGUAUGCCCUGACAGUUGUUCACGACUCUUAUCCGGUUGUUUACGUGGUGAUGGUCCAGAUGAAGUACAGUUGGCGUUUAUUUGGCCUAAAUUGAUUGAUGCUGUCAUUAUGGCAACUGAACGACUGGAACGAUCAUUUAACUUUCCUGCAGUCAAUCGUAAUCUUCAAAUGGAAAUAUCUGAGGCAAUUACCAGCUUACAAACACGUUAUAGUGAAACAAAAUCUAAGUUUGAGUCUGAGUGUCGAUUUGGUUCUACAGGUCGGAGAAUGCCAACACUAUUCAACGCUAUACGAUCUCGUAGUCAAGAUAAUCGUGUAAAUCAUUCAGAUAUCUCUAGGUGGCCUAUGAUUUCCAAACCUAAUAGGCAGUUGAAUCGAGUGGCUCGAUCAUUAACAUAUCUUCAAUCAUCACCUGUUUCUCAAGAAUUUCUUGCUUGGCAAACACGACAACAACCGCCAAAAAUGAUGUCUGGUAGCAGUCUUUCACCAAAAGUAGAUUAUAGUCAAUCAAUUAACGGAGGAAUAUCACGUGAUUGGGAUACUUCAGAUAAGGGGAAUCCUGGGGAUGCUGCACGCAAUCUUGUUCAACAAGUUAAUGAAAUCAAAGAAACUUAUCUACCAUUACGAAAUCUGUUCAAUGGUCCAGCCGGUGAUUUAUGCCUUAAUAAUUCGAUAACAUUCAGUGGUGUUAUUUCAUCUAAUAGUAAUCAAAACAGUUCUAGGGAUCAUUGUUGGAAUCCACCAGAUCUAGCUAGUACGGCUCCCAAUCCAGGAAUCACACAGAUUCUGGCUCAACUGUAUGAAGCUUCUAGACGAUUGUACGAUGCCUCCUCAAAUACCAAGGAUCCAGACACGUUAAUUGUUCAGCCGCCUUUACGAUCAAAUUCUUUCUCAAAUACUUAUUCUAGAAACCCUCAAAUUGACCCUUUGUCGUCUGAUCUAAUGAAUGACCCACUUACAGCGAAUCAAUUCCUUGCAAAAGAUCAAUGGCAAGGUCCUAGUCAAUCAAGGAUGCAUAAUCCAUAUGAAACUGUGGGGAGCUUAGGAAUUGAGAGUGGGAGUGGGGGUCAACCAAAUACUCUACAAUAUCCAGGAGGUACACUUUCUCAAACUUAUGAACAACCGUCUAAUCAGUUCAUCAAUAUGUUUCCAGUAGAUCCUCAUAGCAGUAAGGAUACUAGCGUAUAUAGUUCUGCUUUGGAUCACACGAAUAAAAGAACUGGAACCGAUCAAACCACAGAUUCUAAGCAGUACUUUAAUCAAAAAGCUACAAAACAAUGGCCUCAUAAACCUCCUAGUUCAUACAGUAAUUGGGAUAGCGCUGGAAUUGAUAGAAAUAAUUGGGAAUCAAGUGGAACGACAGAUCUGAAUAUACCUAUCUUUCAGGAACUCACAACUGAAACUGCAACGACGAUAGCCACUGUGGUUACGACAACAACUACCACUGUCGCUCCACCUCUUGUCACCACCUCUACUGUUUUACCAUCUACAUCCACACAGGUGGUCUCAACAUCGACUACCUCAGAUGAAACGGAAAGUUUAUCAUCUGUUGCAAUAAAGGAUGUUCCUACUGAACCUGUCACACUGCGUACACCUCUCAUUGUACCUACAGCUUCCGAAUUAGAUAAACAUCCUUCCAGUACAACACAGCAUUACACUGAAGCAGUUUCGAGAUUGAGUUCUUUCACAGAUUCACUGUUACCUUCCACCGAUCAACCAAACAGGUUUGGAUUUUUACCGGAUGAUGAGGACAACACACAAAUAGUAUCCAGACAAAUGCCUUUUCAAACCUCUAAUUCUCAAGAUGCUAACUCUUGGCAUCGACCUUCCAGUGUUGCACAAAGACCUUUCCAGGAGGGUUCUGGAGAACAAGGUAGUGGCGGCAAAUCAGUUUACAUUCCACAGUAUCAAGGAUCACAAAACAUGUGGCCACCGACCAAAGGGGAGUCUGUGGACCCCAGCGCCCCGGAAUUUAGUUAUAAUGAGGAUAUUAGUUAUUCUAACCGCCAGCCAGAUAAGAAAAUGCCUUUCUAUCCAAGCACACACAAACCAGCAGAGGACCAUAGAAACUCAGCGCUUUGGAAUACCCCUCCUGAUAAGCUAGCCUCAGGAUUUUUAGAGAGAGCUAGUGGAGUGAGCCCAAACACCAACUGGGACGAAGAUAAGGAGAACCUCCAUACUGGUUCGUCACAAUGGCAUGACGCAUUUGAAGGUAGCGGGAGAGACAGUCCAGAAGUCCCACAAAACCCACUACCUGAAGACACCCCCAAACUACAGUCACCGAUCCAAUCAACAUUACCACCUUUAACUCCACGUGUCGAAAAUGCACCCGAAAUCCUCCCACACCCACCUCUCCCACCCCCUGAAGUUUGGGUCCCAGCAAAGUUGAGUCCAGGUCAACCCGUCUCACCAAUAUUACUUAUACGUGAAUAUAGUGUAGAAGGACCACUCUACGGAAAAGAAGACAUCGUUUCACACCCUUACAACUCAGCAUCUUGUCGUUCACUGUUCACAUUCAUGUUCUUACCUCUAAUUACCAUGUUUCUGUUUUAA